GUUCACCGUGUCCCAGCUUGACCUCGACGACCGCCAUUAAUUACCCCAGUGACUUGACCAAUGGUGACUGAUUCAUGAUAUCGCGAAGAUUGAUCUUGCGGCAGGGCCGCAGAGCACUCUCCCAACCCUUCAACACCCAGUAUCGAGCAUAUACCCGAGUACAGACAAGCACAAGGGAUAAUGCAGGUUUGGAGGGAGAGAAUGAAGUGGACGCGGUGAAGCAAUUCUUUGAACGCCAGUCCGCAGCAUUAGCCGCCAGUCAACCAUCCGCAUCGCCCACGCAAUCAAACGAGGUGGAUGUCAAGGACGCCGAGGAUACUGGAGACACCGCCAACUAUUAUCACCUUGCUCGACACCAAAAGAAAUCUAACACUCAGUUUGGAAGCGCUCAGGACCCUUUCUAUAAACCCCGCGAGUUGAUCACGAAUCCCCCCAAACCAGAAGAUAUCACGCUCGAACUCCUUCUUGCUUCACAGUCACAUCUUGGUCACAAAACCUCGUUAUGGAACCCAGCAAACUCGAGAUACAUUUUCGGCAUACGUGACGGCAUUCACAUCAUCUCCCUCGAAGUCACAGCGGCGUUCCUCCGCAGAGCCGCAAAGCUGGUGUCUGCGGUCACCGAAGCUGGCGGGCUUGUUCUCUUCGUCGGCACACGAGCGGGACAGGAUCGAUGUGUGGUGAAAGCCGCCGAACUUUCCGGGGGAUGCCAUCUCUUCGAGCGAUGGACUCCUGGAGGCAUCACGAACGGGACCCACAUAUUGGGUCAGUGCAAAACGAAGGUGGUUGAUGAACACGAACAGGAGCUGCCUGGCUAUCAGAACCAAUUAUCCCAGCGUGCGGCGCUCAAGCCGGAUCUUGUGGUUUGCCUCAAUCCAUUGGAAAACUAUGUGUUGCUUCACGAAUGCGCUCUGGAUAAUAUUCCAACCAUUGGUAUCAUAGAUACCGAUGCCAACCCUGCCUGGGUAACAUAUCCAAUCCCUGCGAACGAUGACAGUCUUCGGUGUGUACAGGUAAUCGGGGGUGUCCUUGGGAGAGCGGGCGAGGCAGGCAAACAACGUCGUCUAGCCGCCGCAAAGGAAGGAUAUUUAACCUAUCAGCCCAAGCAGCAACUUAAGAAACCGACGUUCGCAGACCUUGCCCAGGAAAAGCUCCAUGUUGAAGCCGAUCUUCCACCGGCACUUCCACCGGCACCCACACCGGCGUCCCACGCAUCAUCAGAUGGGGAACAUCUUGUACAGUAGUAGUAACCAUGUAUAACUAGACGCCUGUGCUCCCGGGCCAAAGAAUACCAUCAGCCCUUCUUGCAAGAACUGUUCAUACCCGAUCGUUGCUCCGGGGAAACGCAACAAGCACGACCGCGAUACUACUAUGAUGCCCUAUUUCAAGCAAGGUUCCUUCUGUCAUUCAUUGGAGCAGCAGGAUAAAAUUUGAACAGCCGAGUAUGAACGCCUCCC